CUGUCCUUGAGCUACUUACUAGCGAGGGACAGAGGAAAGAUGAGAAGUAAGUGCGCCAUGGCCAUAUCAUCCUCCACCUCGCGAACACAAGAUCUGGUGCCAUUGCUGUGUCUGUUGCUAAUGGCAGCAGCAGCACCACAGCAUAGUUGUGCGUCGCCGCCGUUGCCUGUGACACUCCCAGGGUGCCCCGACAAGUGCGGCAACAUAAGCAUCCCCUACCCUUUCGGCACCAAGGAGGGAUGCUUCAAACCCGACUUCGAGGUCCUCUGCAACGACAGCUUCCAUCCGCCUCGCGCCUUCAUCCAGAUGGCGGGAGCGAAGAUCACCGUCGACGACACGUACUACAAGACCAACGAGGACGGCAUGCCGGACAAUGAUAUCGGAAGUUCUGAAUGGCCGAUCGAGCUCGUCGACGUGUCGGUCUCGGAGGGGAAAGCGCGGGUGCUCGGCGCCUUCAGCUACGACUGCAAGAUGAACGACACGUACCACGCGGUGAGGCGGCAGGAGAUCGACUUGGGCUACUGGAUGCCGUUCUCCAUGUCGGACGCCGAUGAUGUGCUCAUGGGCAUCGGGAGCAACGUCGUCGCCAAGCAGACAUCCGGACCGCAGUGCCAGUCCUACCUCUUAUACCAGCUCUCCACCAGGAAGACCGACGACCCCGUCAACGGGUCUUGCUCUGGGCAGGGCUGCUGCAGCGCCAACCUUCGCUCUGGUGGCAUGGCCGCCACCGAGGUGACAAUCCAGAAGAACACCAAAGACGACGGCGGCUUCUACGGCGACGGUGUCUCCUGCUCGUACGCCAUGAUCGUGGACAAGUCCUGGUACAACUUCUCGUCGCCGGAUGUCGACAGCGACGCUUUCCUACGGAGGAACGCCGCGGGGGUCCCCGUCGUCGUAAACUUCUCCUUCGGCGUAGAUGGCUGUCCCAACGCCAGCGAACCAACGCCAGAUGACUUCGCCUGCGUAAGCAACUACAGCACCUGCAUCGAGCGACCACCCGUCCUCGACAAUGUGUCCAUACCGUACUUCUGCAGUUGCUCGGCUGGAUACGAAGGGAAUCCAUACAUCCAUGGAGGUUGCCAAGACAUUGAUGAGUGCGCUCGGCCACACAUGUAUCCGUGCUACGGUGGCAAAUGCAAGAACACGCCAGGAGACUACGAAUGCAGCUGCCCAGCCGGAACAAAAGGAAAUGCAAAACAAGCGCCAUGCACCGACUUGUUUCCUCUGCCUGCAAAGAUAUCCGUAGGUGGCAUAGGUGGACUUUUCUUAAUAGCACUAAUGGUAUUCGUAGUUCUUAUUCGUAACGAGAAAAGGAAGAUGGCAGAAUUUUUCAAAAAGAAUGGAGGCCCUACAUUAGAGAAAGCAAAAAUAAUAAAGAUUUACAGAAAGGAGGAGCUGACCCCAAUCUUGACACGAAGUAAUUUUAUUGGACGUGGUGCUUUUGGUGAAGUUUACAAGGGCCUGCUUGACAAUCAGUUAGUUGCAGUAAAGAAGCCAAUUGAUGGCAAUGUAGCACAGAAUGAUCAAUUUGCCAAUGAAGUCAUUAUUCAAUCACAAGUGAUCCACAAAAACAUUGUUAAGCUAAUAGGUUGUUGCCUAGAAGUUGAUAAACCAAUGCUUGUGUAUGAGUAUCUCUCCAAAGGGAGCCUGGAUGAUAUUCUUCACGGAAGCAGUGGCGUUCUAUUAACUUUGGAGCAACGUUUAAAUAUUGCUGCAGAAUCAGCGGAAGGUCUAGCUUAUAUGCAUUCGAAAACAGGAAAAAUAAUAUUGCAUGGUGAUGUUAAACCGGCCAAUAUACUUUUGAACGAUUGCUUCACACCAAAGAUCUCUGACUUUGGCAUAUCAAGGCUAAUUGUUAUAGAUAAAGAACAAACAGAUCAUAUCAUUGGUGACAGGACUUAUAUGGAUCCAGUAUAUCUACGAGAUGGCAUACUAACUGAUAAAAGUGAUGUCUACAGUUUUGGGGUUGUGCUCUUGGAGCUCAUAAGCAGGAAGAAGGCCACGUAUUCUGACAACAAUAGCUUGGUAAGGAGUUUUCUCGAUGCUCACAAAAAUCAAAAGGAGGCAACAGAGCUAUUUGAUAAAGAAAUUGCAAAACCAGAUGUUUUAAAGAUUCUUGCAAGUGUUUAUGAGAUUGCAGUGAGUUGUCUAAAUCUUGAUGCGGACGAAAGACCAAACAUGGCACAGGUAGAAGCAAGUCUUCUGAAGUUGAAGGCAGAUCUUGGUAUGAUAAAUUGAUAAAUCUCAUCUACCAGUGGUUAGAUUUAUAUAUAUGUUACAGUUUGAGGUUGCAUUAUAAUAUUAUAUUGUAUUUCUCAAAUAAGUAACUAUUAGUGUGAUCUGCCACUAUUGGACUUAUAUAUAUUAGAGAUUGAGGCUGAGUUAGUGUAAUAAGGUAAAUGGUACUACUUAUUAGUGUGAUUGUGUCUACAUCUACUGU